AUGAGCGACCGCAAGCGUCCGCUUCCGGCGGAUAAUGCGGGACCAUCCCACAAGAAGCCUAAGAAUGACGCUACUCCCUCCAAUGGCGCUUCAGGAUCGUCCGGCCCGUCUCCAGCGGAUAUCAUAGCGCAGAAGAAGGCCGAGAUCGCCGCAAAGCUCGCAGCGUUCAAGAGAAAUGCCGCUCCUGGUGGCGCUUCUAUAUCUGCAGGACCGACCGCUUCAUCCAGUGCAGCAUCUGGCAGUGGCAGUAGCCCAUCUGACAUGGCCGCUCGUAUCGCCGAGGCCAAGCGAAAGGUCGCCGCGGCGCAGAGUAAAGUCGGCGCGACCGGUGGGAACCCAUACAUGGCUGCCGUCCAGAACAGAAAUAAUAGCCGCACUCCUACGGCUGAGCCAGCACCUCAUGGCUCUGGCUUGAACAUGGCCGCUCACCCGCUUCUUCUCGAUACCUCGACCCCGGCGCCUCAGUCUAAGAAAGACCGUUACAAGCCCAUGCAGCCCAAGUUUGCCAGUAUCAGGGCGAACGCGCGCAACGCUCCUACUCCGCCACCUCAGACCGUCACCCCGGUCCCUAUCGUCGUCAAGGAUAACCCUUACGCGCAAGCUGCCGCCGAGGCCGCUCAAGAAUCAAAGGAGUUCGAAGGUGCACCUCGCGAACGCGUUGGUCGUUCCAUCCGCUUCAACCCGAAGGGCAAGUUCAUCGCUCAAGCCGCCGAAAUCCGUCGUGAGCAGCAGCUCGAGGACCUUAAGCGUCGUAUUGCCGACUCAGCAAAGAAGGCUGGUCUCGAUAGCGAGUUCGACACGCUUGAGAAGAAGCUCAAGCGGGAGCCACCGCCAAGGGCCGAGUGGUGGGAUGAGGCGCUCUUGCCGACGAAGAACUACGAGGAUAUCGAUAACUUCCACCCGAGCGCUCUGAACAUCCGGAAGGAGGGCAGCCCGAUUACACUUUACGUGCAACAUCCCAUCCCGAUUCCUGCGCCUGGAGACAAGAACAAGCCGACGCUCAAGCCUCUCAUGUUGACCAAGAAGGAAAUGAAGAAGCUUAGGAAGAGGAGACGCCAGGAGGAGCUUCAAGAUAAGCGUGACCGUAUCCGGAUGGGUCUGCUUGCACCGGAUGCGCCGAAAGUCCGUCUGGUGAACAUGAUGAAGGUCCUCACGUCCGACGCGGUGCAAGAUCCGACACGUGUUGAAGCCAAGGUCCUCCGCGAAGUUGCCAUGCGCCGCCAUAACCACGACAAGAUGAACACCGAGCGCAAGCUCACAGACGAACAGCGUCGCGAGAAGGUCGAAGAGAAGAAAGUCAACGAGGAGAAGAAGGGUCUGCACGGCGCGAUCUUCAAGGUGAAGAUUCUCACCGAUCCAGCACACCGCUUCAAAGUCCGCAAGAACGCCGAACAGAUGAACCUCACGGGUGUCCUCAUCCAGAACCCAGCCUUCAGCAUGGUCUUCAUCGAAGGCGCCGCGAAAUUCGUACGGAACUACAAGCGGCUUAUGCUCAACCGUAUCGCAUGGACCGAAGCUGCUCGCGCCCGUGGCGCAGAAGACGUCGAGCUCGACACCGAGGACGGUGCAGGCGCGUCGAUCAGCAAGGAAGCGACCCCCGCUGGAGGUGCCGAAGGCGAGGGAGAGGGAGAGAAGCCGGUCAGUCUCGAGGACAAUCGAUGCGAUCUAGUGUGGGAGGGCCCUAUUCGCGAAAGGACGUUCGCGACUUUCAGACCCAAGUUGGCGCCGACGGAUAAUGCGGCGAGGGAGAUUCUGGGACAGAAGCUGGCUGGGUAUUGGGAUAUGACGAAGAACUUUAAGCCGGAGGAUGAGACGCUGGGGCUCUAG